AGGGAGAGGUGAGAGAUGGGGGAGGAGGAGAGGAAGGGAGGAGCGGACGACGGCGCGGCAGCGGCGGCGGCAGCGCGCGCGGCGGAGCAGGCGCGGGAGCUGCAGGACGCGGCGGCGGCGCUGCUGACGCGGACGCGGGCCGAGGAGGAGGCGCUGCGCCGCCGCGCCGCCGCUCUCCAGGUGGAGCUCCGGCGGCUACGCGAGGCCGCCGCGGCGUCCCACGCCGACAGCGACAAGGUUGAGGAGGACUUGGAUCGAGCGACGUGUCUCAUUGCUGACGGUGAUGUUGCGUCGCUGCUACCGAGCAAGACGCAAGGCGCUUUUCUGAAGAUGUUCUUGGGACCAGUAAAUCUGCGGGCAACAAGGAAGGAGGUGCAGCUCAAGGUGAAGGAGGAGUACAAUAGCUAUAGGGACAGAACUGCCUUGCUGUUUCUUGGUUUUCCGGUGAUUCUAUUGUUUCUUCGACAAUGGUUAUGGAAUGGAUGCUUUCCAGCGUUGCCAGUUCAGCUGUACCAGGCUUGGUUGUUGUUCCUGUAUACUAGUUUAGCUUUGCGUGAGAACAUACUGCGAGUUAAUGGAAGUGAUAUUCGUCCUUGGUGGAUACUUCAUCACUACUGUGCCAUGCUGAUGUCUCUAAUAAGUCUCACAUGGGAGAUAAAGGGGCAACCUAAUUGUGCACGCAAGCAGAGAGGCGUCGAACUUUUCCUGUGCUGGGCCAUAAUGCAAGGAUUUGUUAUGAUGUUGCAGAAUAGAUAUCAGCGUCAAAGAUUAUAUACUAGGAUUGCUUUGGGGAAGGCUAAAAGAAUGGAUGUUGUAUGGGGAGAGACUGCUGGUGUUGAAGGUCAAUUGUUGCUGUUGUGCCCUCUCCUUUUUCUCUUGCAGGGCUUUGAGGGUUAUGUCGGAUUUUUACUUCUUCGCACAGCUCAUACUGGUGUCGUCCCUGAGUGGCAGGUUGUGGUCUGUGGGAUCCUGCUGGUUGCAAUGGCAAUUGGAAACUUUGCAAACACAGUGGACACCUUGAUGACUAAAUCAAGGUUCAAAGCGAAGAUGAAGAAAUCAAAGGGCAAACGGGAUCUCGAUACAUGCCCCUCACCAACAGGUUCAUUGCCCACAGAUUCAACAACCAAAGCAUGAAAAGUUCAAGAGGAAAAGUUGCUUAUCCUAUGAACAUUGCCCGUGUUUAACCAGGGUUCAUACCAUUGUAAAGCAUUAGUGUUUUUUGGCCAUCAGCUCCUAAUCCUGAGCGUCUCUGUCAAAGCUCAUACUCAUGUAGGCAACUAGGGUUGCUGAUGGUCCUAGGCUGAAGGUGAGCGAGAAUAAACUUGUGGUGUUUGUUUAUACUUCUAUCCUGAACAUGGAGUGGGCUAGAUGAACUUAGGACUGUAAGGCUUAGCAAAAUUUUCCCAGUAUAGUUGUGAGACAGACAUUUGUCACAAUGAAACAUGUGAAGCUGUAUACAAGUUGUGGCAUUAUAUUGCUUAUUAUUCUCCACUUUUA